GUCCCGGAGACACCCAGGCCCUGCUGGUAUCUGUAGCUUUUCCCUCAGUUAAUAUGGCUGCGGGCGGCUAGUCCCUUCGCUCAGACGGCGGUGAGCAAAGGCAGGCAGGGCGCGGGGAGGCUUUGCCGACGUCCCGGCAGCGAUGGCGCUUCAGCCGCGGUUCUGGAAAUGCCUGUCUGUUUGCAGGAGCCUGGAGUGUGGGCUCGCAGCCCUCUCAACCGGCUCCACGCCGGCGGUUCGGCACGAAGUGGAGGCGAAGGAGAACGAAGCUGUGGCCCCAGAGUUCAUCAACCGGAACCCCCGGAAUCUGGAGCUCUUAGGUGUCGCCCGGAAGGAACGGGGCUGGGCCACACUGUGGCCCAACCGUGAGUUCUGGCACAGGUUGCGAGUUAUAAAGACUCAGCAUCACAUAGAAGCACUGGUUGAGCACCAGAACGGCCAGGUGGUGGUUUCAGCAUCUACUCGUGAAUGGGCUAUUAAAAAACACCUUUAUAAUACCAGAAACGUGGCGGCUUGUGAGAGUAUAGGACGUGUGCUGGCACAGCGCUGCUUAGAAGCAGGAAUCAAUUUCAUGGUCUACCAACCAACCCCUUGGGAGGCAUCCUCAGACUCGAUAAAGUGUCUACAGAAUGCCAUGACAGAAGGUGGUGUGGUGCUUCAGGAACCUAGGAGAAUCUAUGAAUGAAGUAGAAGCAUUAACUGCUUUGAAAGUGUAAACAUAACACCAUCAGCUACUCCAGCCGUCCAAAGAAAGCAUCUGCAUCUAAAAACAGAAAGAAAAGCACUUGGAAGGAGAACCAGACUGAAAGCCUCAUAACAAUAAUGUAACAGUGGAAAAUUAUUUAAAGUGAGCCUCUUCCCACUUCUUUGUGCUUGUGUGGUUUUGUUGUUUUAAUCAAGGAUUAAACUUGUCCCCUUUUGUGGACGUCAGUACUCAAAAAGCAGUUAUAACCAUUUGAAGAGCAGAUUAAAACGUUUAUAACAAA